UAAAAACGACGUCAUCUUGCGCUUUCUUCUUUCCCGUGACCUGGACUGAUUUUUACCACAAAAACACCUCUCUUGUUUUCUGUUCCUGUUCCAACCAACAUCCUCCAGCACCCCACCCCCGACAUAGGCAUAUGCUCCGUACUGUUGCUUUAUUAUGUCAAGAAAGAGAAGGACUUCCAUGGAUUAGAGCCGGAGUUAGAGAAGCAGAGUCGAGGAAUGACGGGGAAAUUGGGGUCCUUUCGGCAGAGUUUCGCGGAUAAGAGGGAAAGGGACAGGCUUUUGUCGCCCAGAUGCAACGCCGACUCCUCCGAGCUCUCAAGUUUUCUUCUCGACUACAGAGAUAGGCCGAAGUUCUGCCGCUUCGGGCUUUGUUCGAAGGUUGUGAAGCUAUGGGAGAGCUUCCGGACCGUCGCCAUGAACGCAUGGCAGAUGGGUCGAUCCGACCCGAGAAAGGUCAUCUUCUCCGCCAAGAUGGGCCUGGCGUUGAUGCUCAUAUCACUGCUCAUCUUCUUCAAGGAGCCCGUGGAAGAGCUCAGUAAAUACUCUGUGUGGGCCAUUCUUACUGUCGUUGUAGUGUUCGAGUUCAGUAUAGGUGCCACUCUUAGCAAAGGAUUUAACCGUGGAUUAGGGACAUUGUCAGCUGGAGGACUUGCUCUAGCAAUGGCUGGGUUAUCUCAGUUGGCUGGAGACUGGGAAGAAGUUGUUAUAAUCUUAGGCAUAUUCAUCGCAGGCACAUGCAUAACAUAUGCUAAAAUGCUACCAAAGGUGAAGCCAUAUGAAUAUGGCUUCCGCGUUUUCUUGAUAACAUAUUGCUUCAUAAUGAUUUCGGGCUAUCGCACCAGAGAAUUUGUUCACACAGCUGUCACUCGAUUCCUCCUAAUUGCACUUGGUGCCGGUGUUUCUUUGGCUGUAAAUAUUUGCAUUUUUCCUAUAUGGGCUGGCGAGGAUCUUCACAACCUUGUCACAAAAAAUUUCAAGGGCGUUGCAUCUUCAUUAGAAGAUUGCAUCAAUGGGUAUCUGAAUUGUGUAGAAUAUGAGAGAAUCCCUUCGAAAAUACUCACCUACCAAGCUUCAGAUGAUCCGGUGUACAGUGGGUAUAGAACAGCAGUAGAGUCGACAAGCAAGGAGGAGGCUCUGAUGGGAUUUGCUAUCUGGGAACCACCACACGGUCCAUACAAAAUGUUUGCAUACCCAUGGAGAAAUUAUGUUAAGCUCAGCGGGGCAUUAAGGCAUUGUGCAUUCAUGGUCAUGGCACUGCAUGGCUGUAUACUUUCAGAAAUACAGGCUCCUGCUGAAAGAAGACAAGUCUUCCGUAGUGAGCUUCAAAGGGUAGGCAUAGCAGGUGCUGCAGUAUUGAGAGAACUCGGGGAGAAAGUGAAAAAAAUGGAGAAGUUGGGCGUGGUGGAUUUACUCGGCGAAGUUCAUGAAGCAGCAGAAGAGUUGCAAAACAAGGUAGACAAGAAAUCUUACCUCCUUGUCAAUGCUGAAAGCUGGGAAGUCGGGGAGAGGCAACCACACAGCAAAAUCACUGUUCCCCAAGAAUUUUUCACCAUGGAUGAUGACACCGCAGGAGGCCAUUAUGUGAAGUCCCUGAGCGAAGCCGGGCUUGAUCUGACAUCCAUUCAAAUGCCGACAAGUUGGGAUGAUGGUAAAUAUGUGAAGGGUUCAUGUCUCAAUCCAACGACAGGAAUCACAUUAGAGAAGCAGGAACUUAGGCAUUCACACACCACACCUAUGAUAGUUCCCGAGAAAGAAGAAGAAGAAUCAAAGGCGUACGAGAAUGCGAGUGCCUUAUCCUUGGCAACAUUCACCUCACUGCUCAUUGAAUUUGUUGCAAGACUCCAAAACCUUGUGGAUGCAUUCGAAGAGCUAGGCGAAAAGGCCAUGUUCAAGGAACCUGCCAUUGAGCUACCCGGUGAAGAAGAUGCUAUUGGGUGUUGGUCCAGGUUGACGCGGUAUAUGAAGUUGUGGAAGAAAGAUGAGAGCUUACCACUUGGAGAGAAUUUAGUUUGAUUGGGUGAGAGGAAACUUGGAAAUCCUAUCGCAUACUUGGGUCUAUGCAUUGGUUUCUAACUCUUAUAACUACGCAAGAGGUAUGCAUGAGAAGCCCCCUCCAAUCUAUUGACUAAGAUAAGGGUAAGGAGUGUCUUUAUAUACUUCUUGAUUACUGCUAGUGCUCUCAGUAUUUAUUAUUUAAGGUCCAAGUAAGCUUGUUGGACUUCAUACAUGUCAUCAGUAUUAAUUGAACAUAUUUUAAUGAUUCCUACAGCCCCUCUCUCCCUACCCAGACGAAUCCCUUGUGGGGUGCAGUGGUAUGAGAAAGUGCACAUACGGGCCAAUGUAGCUUUUUGCAUCUUAGAUGUGAAGACGGUGAAUAAAGACAUCAAAACAUAUUGUCGUUUUGUUCGGAAGAGCGUUGCACAUGUUAGGAUAUCUACACUCUCACACCGCAUGAAGAUCUCAAUGCUAUCAUGAUUUUUAUUAUUAUUUAUAUUACAUUCAUGACUAGCAAUCUCAUAAGCCUGAUUAGUAUUCUCACAUAAAUAGUUUUAAUAUUUGUUGCAAGUUUUCAAUCAUAUUUGAAGUUUAAUGAAAACCGCUUAUGAUCUAUAAGACUAUAACCUCUGUGUUUAUCAAUAUCAAUGUCAUACAAGUUCAUUCAACAAGUUUGUGUGUUAACGCAUGCAACAUGCAUGCAUGGCCCAUGCAAAUACGGA